AUGCCACUUUCGGAAGGAAGCCAGCUGACAAUCGAGAAAAGCCCGGCAUAUUUCCACAGCAGGACAGCAGCUGAACGAAUACGAGCCUUGAAUCCGGCGAUGAAGAUCAUAGUUGUUGUAAGGAAUCCGGUGAUGAGGGCAAUUUCAGACUAUACGCAAGCAUCUUCAAAGCGUAGGACUUUCGGAGUGAUGCCCUCAUUCGAAGACAUGGCCGUUGGUGACUGUGCUCCGUGGUUAAAGACGAACUGUUCCGUGAAAGUGGACGGUGUCAACGUCGGAUGGGGAGCGAUUCGUAUUGGACUCUACCAUAAGCAUAUGAAAAGGUGGCUGGAUAACUUCCCAAAGGAGCAGAUUCACAUUGUGGAUGGUGAGCGUCUGGUAACACAACCCGCACUGGAAGUCAGUGAGACAGAGAGAUUUCUCGGACUCGAGCCAGUGGUCAAAGAAGAGCAUUUUGGGAUCGAUCCAGUGAAGAAAUUCCCAUGUGUCCGACGCUCCAACGGUAGCCUCCAUUGUCUUGGCAAGACGAAAGGACGGAAGCAUCCCCGGGUCCGACGUGAAGUGGUUCAACGGUUACAUCGCUUUUAUGAGCCCGAGAAUCGGAAGUUUUUUCUCAUGAUAAAUCGGAUUCUAGCUUGGUAG